GCGGACUGUCCAGAGGAGUGGCAGAAAACGUUGGCGCCCUGGCGUUCUCUUCCUUUCAUUUUAGCGGACCGCCUGUGGGCAGAAAGCACAGCAUGAGCCGCAGGUUUUUGUGGAAGAGCUGAUCCCUUGACCCUCAGGGAUUAUCUGUUUCCGUUCUCAAGGUUAUUGGGAGGGUAAGAGAGUGCAGUGCUCGGAGCCUUCAGUUCAGAGCCAGCCCUUCAGUAACAGGGGCUUCUUUAUCUACAGACAAGUGGAUAAAUGGCAGGCAAAAAGAAAGAAAUCCAGUUACAGGCAGUCAUCAAUAAUCAAAGCCUAUGGGAUGAGAUGUUGCACAACAAAGGUCUCACAGUGAUCGAUGUUUAUCAAGCCUGGUGUGGACCUUGUAAAGCGAUGCAGACUUUAUUCAGAAAAUUGAAAAAUGAGCUGAACGAAGAUGAAAUUCUGCAUUUUGCUGUUGCAGAAGCUGACAACAUUGUGACUUUGCAAUCAUUUAAAGAUAAAUGUGAACCUGUUUUUCUCUUUAGUCUUAAUGGCAAAAUUGUUGCAAAGAUUAAGGGUGCAAAUGCACCCCUGGUUACUAAGAAAAUUAUCAGCUUGAUCACUGAGGAGAGGAAAAUUGCAGAAGGGGAAAUGGCUCGCCCUCAGCAUCCAGAAAUUUUAUUGGUAGACUCCGAUUCAGAAGAUGCCGGGGAAGGAGCAUAUGAAAAUCCUGAGGGCCUUUAUCAGUUUGCUAUUUUCAAGCCUGAUGCUGUAAUUACUGGAAAAGCUAAAGAAAUUAGAGAAAAAAUUAUCAAGGCAGGAUUUAUCAUAGAAGCAGAAGAUAAGAGAUUUAUCACUGAAGAACAAGUAAGGGACUUCUACAGUUCAAUAGCAGAUGAGCCUGACUUUGAAGAUUUUGUCUCUUUCAUGACAAGAGCCCUAAGCCAUAUUAUAGUUGUAUCUCAAGGAAAAGAGCUGCCUCCCCAGAAAAAAAUUGAACAUAAUUCUGAGCUGCAACCUGACAAAGUAUUGGAGGAUGAACAUGAGAUGGAAGUUAUUUCUAAACCUGUGAUGAGGAAAAUAAAGCGGGACAGUUUGCAAGAAUAUCUGGAAAGAAAACAUUUAUCUCAUUUUUGUGAUGUUGAAAAUAAUGUAGAUAAUGUUAAUAAGUUUAUCGAUAUAUUCUUCCCUGAUUUUAAAAAUAUGAAAAGCUUAAAAUUAGAAAGGAUACUGGCACUAAUUCGACCAGAUCUCCUUACAGAACGAAAAGAGGAUGUUUUGAAAAUUAUUGAAGAUAAUGGCUUUAAAAUACAGAUGCAAAGACAAUUGGUAUUAUCAGAAGACGAAGCACAAACACUGUGUAAGGAAUAUGAAAAUAAAGAUUAUUUUGGAAAUAUUAUAAAAAACAUGACCAGUGGUCCAUCUCUAGCUCUUGUUUUAUCAAGAGGCAAUGGAUUACAACACUGGAAAGAGUUAGUAGGUCCAAGCACUGUUGAAGACGCUAUAGACUAUGACCCAAAGAGUUUAUGUGCACAAUUUGCAAUGGAGAGUUUGCCUAUCAAUCAGUUAUAUGGAAGUGAUUCUUUAGAAACUGCUGAAAGGGAAAUACAGUAUUUCUUUCCUCCUCAAACCACUUUUGCACUGAUUAAACCACAUGUACCAGCUGAAGGAAGAGAGGAGAUCAUAAAGCGUAUCAAAGAAGAUUUUUUUGAUAUAAUACAGGCAAAGGACCUGGUCCUAACUGAAGAGCAAGUAGAAAAAAUUUAUAUAAAAAUAACAGGAAAGGAGUUUUAUAAAGAUCUGUUGGAAAUGCUUACUGAGGGUCCAUCUCGGGUCAUGGUUCUGAGCAAGUGGAAUGCUAUUACGGAAUGGAGAAGAUUGAUGGGUCCCACAGACCCAGAGGAAGCAAAAUUCUUGUCCCCAGGUUCUCUUAGAGCCCGCUUUGGAGUUAAUAUUUUGAGAAAUGCUGUCCAUGGAGCAUCUGAUGCCUAUGAAGUAACAGAGUCCGUUAAUGCUACAUUUCAAGUUUUGGAGAAUCCUGAGGAAAACUAAUGAGUGGAUCCCCUGAUUCUGAUGCUUGUCUAAACUGUAAACGUCCUCAACCUUUGGAAGCUACUUUGGAUGACCUUCAAAGCCAAUUUUUUUAUGCUUUUAAUAAAGGAAGAAAGUCCACUAAGCAAUUGUCUAUGUGAUUUUCAGCCACUGAAAAAUUUCAAUGACAUAAUAAAUUUUAAAAAUUAUUAGAA